AUGAAAUCUCUCCUCAAUCCAAAAACCCAUUUCAAAAUCUCACUCUCCUCUCUCAAUUUCAUAUCCUCCCUCGCCUAUGUCGAAAACCCACCUUAUCCCCAAACCGAAAACCUCAAAAUUCCCAGUGUUUUUGACCCCUUCAAAUUCUUCAGUGACUACACAACUUCAAUCAACUGCACUAUUCGAAACACCAGAAUCUUACAUGCCCACCUUCUCAGACUCCAUUUUCUACUCUCCAAUGUCUCCAUUUCCAAUUCAUUACUUGACUGUUACUGUCGAUCUGCUGCCAUGGAAGAUGCACUCCACCUGUUCGAUGUAAUUCCUCAGAGAAAUGUUAUCUCUUGGAAUUUCAUGGUUUCGGGUUAUAACCGGAACUCGGUGUAUGAGAGAUCAUGGGGAGUGUUCUGCAGGAUGCAUUGUUCGGGGUUUGAGCCGGAUGAGUUUACUUAUGGGAGUGUUCUUUCGGCUUGCGCUGCGUUGCGAGCUCCUGGUUUGGGUAAGCAGGUUUACUCGCUCGCGACGAAAAAUGGGUUCUUUUCUAAUGACUAUGUUCGGUCUGGAAUGAUAGACUUGUUUGCGAAAAAUGGUAGCUUUGAGGAUGCUUUGAGGGUGUUUUGUGAUGUUUCGUGUCGGAAUGUGGUGAUUUGGAAUGCUCUUAUCUCCGGGGCUGUGAGAAAUGGAGAGAACAGAGUUGCGUUGGAAAUUUUUCGGCAAAUGUGUUGUGGGUUUGUGUUGCCGAGUAACUUUACGUUUUCUAGUGUCUUGACUGCCUGUGCUGCACUUGAAGAGAUUGGGAUUGGGAAAAGUGUUCACGGGUGGGUGAUUAAGUGUGGUGCAGAAGAUGUGUUUGUUGGGACUGCUAUUGUGGAUUUAUAUGCCAAAUGUGGAAAGAUGAAUGAAGCUGUCAAGGAAUUUUUCGGUAUGCCAACAUGUAAUGUGGUCUCUUGGACUGCCAUCAUUUCUGGUUUUGUAAGCAAGGAAGAUUCUAUUUCUGCUGUCAAAUUUUUCAGAGAAAUGAGAAGAAUGGGAGAGGAAAUAAAUAAGUUUACUGUUACUAGCAUACUCACUGCAUGUGCUAAACCAUCCAUGAGUGAAGAGGCAAACCAAAUCCAUUCACUGAUAUUGAAAUCCGGACUGUAUUUAGCUCCAGUAGUUGGGUCUGCUUUAAUUAAUGCGUAUUCAAAAAUAGGAGCAGUUGAUUUAUCUGAGAUGGUGUUCAGGGAGACGGAAACUGUAAAAGAUCCUGGUACAUGGGCUGCAAUGAUAUCUUCUUAUGCGCAGAAUCAAAAUCCUGGAAGGGCAACUCGAGUUUUUCAGAGAAUGUUACAGGAAGGUGUGCUACCAGAUAAGUUUUCUACUUCUAGUGUCUUGAGUAUUAUAGACUUUUUAGUUGCAGGGAGACAGAUCCAUAGCUACAUUCUCAAAGUUGGGUUGGUCACAGACAGUUCUGUUGGUAGUUCUCUUUCCACAAUGUAUUCGAAAUGUGAUAGUCUAGAGGAAUCUUACAAGGCAUUUCAGCAAAUUCGUGAAAAAGACAGUGUUUCAUGGGCCUCAAUGAUUGCUGGUUUUUCAGAACAUGGCUUUGCAGAUCAAGCCCUUCAGUUAUAUCGAGAGAUGCCAUAUAAAGAAAUUAAACCCGAUCAGAUGAUUUUAGCUGCAAUUUUAAAUGCAUGCUCUGCUUCUCGUUCCCUACUGAUUGGUAAGGAAAUUCAUGGUCAUGCUCUCCGUGCUGGAGUUGGAAGAGAUGUAGUCGUUGGUGGUGCAAUUGUGAACAUGUACUCAAAAUGCACUGCUCUAGAACUGGCUAGGAGGGUGUUCGAUAUGCUUCCUCAAAAAGAUGAAGUUGCAUGCUCUUCACUGGUUUCAGGUUAUGCCCAAAAUGGGUGCAUUGAAGAGGCACUUUUGCUAUUCAAUUAUAUGCUGACGGCUGAUUUGACCAUUGAUUCCUUCACAAUUUCAUCCAUUCUUGGGGUCAUUGCAGUUGUGAAUAAUCCAAGUUGUGGAACUCAAAUGCAUGCCCACAUCACAAAAAUUGGUUUGAAUUCAGAUGUUUCUGUUGACAGCUCGCUAGUGAGAAUGUACUCAAAAUGUGGAAGCAUUGAAGAUUGCCGGAAAUCUUUUGAUCAAAUUGAGAACCCUGACUUAAUUUGCUGGACAGCUAUGAUUGCAAGCUAUGCUCAGCAUGGGAAAGGUGCAGAUGCUUUAAGAGGCUACGAGCUUUUGAGGGAAAAAGGAAUCAAACCUGAUUCCGUGACUUUUGUUGCAGUUUUAUCUGCCUGUAGCCAUAAUGGAUUGGUUGAAGAAGCCUAUUUCUACUUCAAUUCAAUGGCUAGUGAUUACGGAAUUAAGCCUGGUUAUCACCACUAUGCCUGUAUGGUUGAUGUUCUUGGCCGUUCAGGGAGACUGAAAGAGGCUGAGAGGUUCAUUAUCAAUAUGCCUAUUGAACCUAAUGGUAUAAUAUGGGGAACACUGCUUGCUGCUUGCGUGAUACAUAGAGAUGUAGAGCUUGGAAAGCUAACAGCUAAAAGGAUUAUGGACUUGGAGCCAUGUGAUGCCAGCACAUAUGUUUCCAUUUCAAACAUGUGUGCAGAUUUGGGCCUGUGGGAAGAAGUCGCGCAAGUAAGAAACCAGAUGAGAAGAAAUUUUAUGAAGAAAGAACCUGGUUGGAGCUUAAUGUGA